AUGAUCUUUGGUGGGUCCUCUAGUGGCGGAGACAGCAGAGGUGCACACAAAAGAUAUGCUAAGCAGGUACUCUCAACGGAGAGAGGAGAACCAAGCGGCAAAAGCAACAAACAAGAUGAUGAUAUCAUCUUUGACAAUGAAGUCGAAGAAGGAGUGCAGCAACCACACGACGAUGCACUAGUAGUCUCCCUGCUGGGGGCAAAUUACAAAGUGAGAUGUGUGUUGAUAGAUAAUGGGAACUCGACCAACAUUAUGUUUUUGUUUGUGCUUGAGGGAAUGAAGAUCAACAGGGAACAACUCAAACCAAUCUCAACCCCCCUGGUUGGGUUCAAAAGGGAUGUAGCUCAUCCCAUGGGAACAAUCACACUACUGGUAACAAUGGGGGCAACCCCACAACAAGUCACUUCACUGACGAAAUUCCUAGUGGUCGAUCGACCAUUAGUAUACAACAUUAUACUAGGCCGCCCCUUGCUUAAUGAGGUCCAGGCCAUAACAUCGAUGUACCACCUCAAGAUGAAAUUCCCUACUUCGCACGGGAGAAGGGUGGUCAAGGGAGAUCAAGCAGUGACUCAGAAUUGCUACGUAAUAGCCCUAAAAGAGAAGAUGGAAGCAAGGGAGACCUUGACUGUAAAAGACCUAGAGAUUGGGAGUCGCCUACCCGACAUUUUGAGAGUAGAACUAAGUGGGCUACUGAGCGAGUUAGCAAAUAUGUUCGCUUGGUCAGCUGAAGAUAUGCCGGGUAUUGACCCUACGAUCACAGAGCAAAAGUUGCAGGUUGACCCCAAUCAUCAGCCUGUAAAGCAGAAGAAAAGGAGCUUUGUGAUUGAGUGA